AUCGGUCUAAUACACAAUAUUUAUUAUCAUUGGUUGCCGCUUGCCAUAGGUACAAAUACAAAUCAAUCGCAGGAAUGCAGUUACGCGCAGUUUUUCUUUUGGCCGUUUGCGCACACGCGCACAGCAAAUUGCUCCAACUCAGUUGCAAGGAUAUCCGCCGGUUCGUCAAUGGGCAUAACCAGAAAAGGCUUGAGGUUGCACGAGGGAAUGUGGCGGGGCAGCCUGGUGCGGCUAAAAUGAAUUACAUGGUCUGGGAUGCAGAGCUGGCUAAUAAAGCAGCUGGUUGGGCGUCAAAAUAUCGACAAGGGCAUAAUCCUAACAAAGACAUUGCUUCCAAUAGAUUCCAGACUGGUGAGAAUCUCUAUCGGUACUCUACAACAAAAUCACCCUCUACUCUUAGCAUCGGCAGGGCCAUCGACUCGUGGUUCUUGGAACAUCAUAAUUACACUUUCCAACCAUUUAAGUCCGCUGAGCCUAAUUCCCCUAAAAUUGGUCAUUACACGCAGAUGGUUUGGUCGGACACCACUUACGUCGGUUGCGCCAUGUCACGGUGGCAGGACGGGAAAUAUACGCGGUACUUUGUCGUCUGCAACUACGGGCCACCUGGAAACUACCUAAAUAAAUUUCCAUACGAGUCCAGCGGCAAAGGAUCUCAGAAAUUGACAUGUUCAGUCGGGAAGGAUAAAUGCAACAAACUGCGAUAUGGAGAUAGUUGUCCACGACAUUAGUUUAACAAAGUU